AUGUUGAUCAAGAGUAUCUUCAUGGAAGUACGCUCCAGAUUGCGGAGUUGCAACGUGUAUAUAACUACAGGCAUUGAUUUCACAAAGAACUGCAAUUUGAAGAUCAGUAUACAGUCCAACUGCAUUGUGCUCAACUAUUAUGACGAUAAUGACAAAACCAAAAGGAGAGACAGUCUCUCCUCCAUUGAAAGUCUCUCUGAUUGUUACUCCGAAGAUGAAUAUGAUGUCACCUCUAUUGUACCAAUAGAGGAAUUCUGUCAAAUCAUACCAAACUCCAUGUCGUGUUUGAAAAUCGACAAGAACACCGUAUCAUUCCGCAUACUUACAGAACCGAGGAACGGUGGAAAUUUCUAUAAUGAACUAUUAACGUCAAACACAAAUGAAAGUACACCGAAAAGUGACCAAAUCAAAAUUAACCUAAAAAUCCAUGAUGAAGUAAAAAUAACUUGUGCAAACUGCUCAAACGUUAUUUCCGAUAAUAUAGUAAAGUUUGACAGGAUUUUAGAGCUGCCCUCAACAAAUAUGGAUAUGUCGGAGUGGUUCUGCCAUGGACAUGGUCAUAACUCUAACACGGAACCUGUUUUGAAGUCAAACAAAUCCGAUUUUCUGUAUAGACUAACAUCAUUUGUAAUCAACAAUAAAGUACUAUCAGAGAAAAGUAACAAAUUCAAUUCUAAAAGGGAAAUAUAUCACUGCAACAGAUGCCUAGCUUGGUUGGGGCUCAAAAAUAAAGACACGGUGAAACUAUUCAAUUCUGAAGUGAAAAUAAACCAAGGUAACGUUGAAAAACACGUAUUUACCCACAAAACGGCAUCGGAAGACUUAAAAAUUGACGAUUUUAUAUUUACAAUAGAGAAAUUAACACAAGAAUUCAAUUUAGGUCUGCAGUACACAAUGAUGUGUAAGAUCAUAUUAGAAUGCACAAUAUCCACAACCAGUAAACAAUAUCUGCUUAUUUGGGUCAUGGAUAAAGAGUUACAAGUGUUGAGGAGUUGCGGAGAGCAUAUUGAAAGUGAUAAAAUCAAGUUGCAAUCGUGCUUGCUUACAAAAAUUUUGUAUAAAAUUGAACUGUCCUUGAAUGACGAGGUGGAAGCGUGGUUAGCUGACCCUGGCGUCGUAUCUACGGAUAUAUCGAAGAGCAUGUUCUACAGAGGCGUAGAGCAUCUGCAAAACAUGUCUUUGAAAGUGCCAGAACUGUUCCGUAACACAAACGGUUAUUGCGUAAGUUACUUGAAUGUUUAAAGUGAAUAAAUUUUGCAGGUCCAAUA